AUGCCUGCCAAGUCCCCCCUCGCUCUUGCUCUGGCCGCUGGCGCCAGCCUCGUCUCCGCCCACGGAUACGUCUCCUCGUGGGAGAUCGGCGGAGUCACCUACAAGGGCUUCGACGAGCAGUGGGCUACCGGCCAGGGCACCAAGACCGGAAACGAGUUCAUUGCCUGGAGCACCUCCGCCUCUGACAACGGCUUCGUCGCCCCUGAUGCCUACGCUGACCCCGACAUCAUCUGCCACCGUGAUGCCACCAACGGUGCCCUGAACAACGCCACCGUUGCCGCUGGCCAGACCGUCAAGGCCGUCUGGAACACCUGGCCCGACUCUCACCACGGCCCCGUCGUUGACUACCUCGCCCCCGCCGACGACCCCACCUCCGUCGACAAGACCACUCUGUCUUUCGUCAAGAUCCAGGAGGCUGGUAUCAUCUCCGGCUCCAACCCCGGCAAGUGGGCUUCUGACGAGAUCCUCGAGAACAACCUCGCCUGGGAGAUCACCAUCCCCGAGGGCACCCCCGCGGGUAACUACGUUCUCCGUCACGAGAUCAUCGCCCUGCACUCUGCCAACCAGGCCAACGGUGCCCAGAACUACCCCCAGUGUGUCAACAUCCAGGUCACUGGUGGCAGCGGCUCCUUCCCUGAGGGAACCAAGGGUACCGCCCUGUACACCGCCGAUGAGGAGGGUAUUGCCUUCAACAUCUACCAGGACUUCUCCGAGUACCCCAUCCCUGGUCCCGCUCUGGGCUUCAGCUCCUCUGGUGCCUCCCAGGGUGGCUCCUCCUCCGGCUCUGCCUCCUCCGCGGUCGCUCCCAGCGCCGCUGCCGCUACCCCCACUGCGGCUGCUUCCUCCUCCGCCGCCCCGGUCGCCGCUGAGACGCCCGCUGCCGCUACCACCACCAGCGCUGCCCCUGCCGCCACCAAGGCUGCUUGCAAGAAGCGCCGCCACGCCCGUGACGUCAGGGCCUAA